UGUAACUUAGAGUUGAACUUGAUUGAUCUGAUCCUUUUGGGUUUCGGGUUUCGACCUACUUUUGAUCUGAGUCCUUUACUCCUUCCUGGCCUCAUUUCACCAACCUUUCCCUUUUUUGAGUCUUGUUAUUCUAGCUUAGCUUGUGUCAUCCUAAAAAACUUUUUAUUUUUAAUGGAGAAUAAUGGUUAUGGGUCUAGUAGUGUCCCUGACAAUACUGCUGUAUUGCCUCCGCCGGAGAACAUGAUGUCUGUGUUCUACAUCCCUACGGCAUUUCCUCCGCCGGAGAACAUGAUGUCGGGUUCAACUGUGUUCAACAUCCCUACGGGGUUGCCUCCCGUGGACAACAUUAUGCCUAAUUUGGGGUGGGCAGCAGCGGUGGGGAACAUGGACAUCCUUGGUCGUGGUGGGCUUCCGAUGAAUGUUUCCACCUACUCAGGCUUUUCCACGGCAUGGCCUCCGGCAGAGAACAUGCCUAAUUUGGGAUGGACAGCGACAGGAAACAUGGACGACGGGCUUGGUCUUGGUCUUGGUGGGCCUCCGAUGACUGUUUCAACCGGGAACAUGGACAUUCUUGGCUCUCCGAUUACUGUUUCCACCGUAGAGAACAUGGCCAAUUUGAACAUGCCGACGGCUGUUCUCACGGAAUGCCCUCCGGUGGCUGUCACUUCUGAGGCGGGUCCGAGCAUGAUGUCGGAAAUUGAAAAAGCAGUUAGCAGAUCUCCAUACAAAGGAGCGAGCCAAGAAGGCAUAAUGUUUGCACCAGACCUUCAAGAUCAGCAAUCCAGGUUGAAUCUAUCAGGCUGUAUAACAAAGCCCCCGAAUCCGUCCCCGUCCGAAGAUAGUACUAGGUUUUGGGUUAAAGUAGAAUCGAAGAAGGAUCUUUUCAAGUUCCCGCUCGACCUUCCAACCAUGGACGGGUUGAAAACACAAGUCUUAAAGAGACUCACUCAUUUGGAAGCGGAUGGUCUUAAGUUCAUGUACCAGGAUGAAGAUGGGGAAAUGAUCACUAUAGCUUGUGAAGAGGAUUUGCAUUUCUGCUUCCAAUAUUUCAAGUCAUCAUUCCACAAAACUAAAGUCAGAUUGUCACUUGUUGCAAAUGAUGAUCGCUAG